UGUAUAACUUUCGCGCCUGUAAGUACCUAAUGGCGGGGGCGGGGUGAUCAUAUGCAGCUUUAGGUACAACCACACUAUUCGGAUAAGUGCAUAAUCUGAAGUGAGAUAAUCUAAUUGUUUGCCUCUGCUACUUUUCGAGUUAAAAUUCUUUAUGCCUAGCAUAUAAACAGUUAAAUGCUGCAUAUAUAUUGGAAAAUCACUGCUUAUUCUCAGAAUGGGCCCUGUCGCCGACCAGAUUGAGGGACUGAAGGCGCAGAUCUUGAAGACCGAGGUGGAACUACAGCAGCUGAAAACCCAGCUAGCAGAGCUCGAGGCCUCACCAACACCGCCAUCAGAAGAGGCAUCAGCACAGGAAUGGAGAUGGCCACUUAAAGAGGAAGAGUAUGUCCGCUACGGCCGGCAACUCAUUUUACCAUCUGUCGGUAUCAAGGGUCAGCUGCGCCUCAAGUCAGCGGCCGUCCUCGUCGUCGGGGCCGGGGGUCUCGGGUGCCCCGCUGCCGCAUAUCUCGCCGGCGCGGGCGUGGGGACUCUGGGCAUCGUGGACGGCGACACGGUCGAGGUCUCGAACCUGCACCGGCAGAUUGCGCACAGCACGGCGCGCAUCGGCAUGAAGAAAGUCGAUAGUCUUAUCGAGUAUUGCCGGGGUCUCAAUCCCGAGGUCAAGUACGUCGGCUACGAUGAACAUCUCACGCCACAGAAUGCCGAGGACAUCGUGAAUGCGUACGACGUGGUCCUCGACUGUACGGACCAUCCUACCUCUCGCUACCUCAUCUCCGACAUCUGUGUUUUGCUUGGAAAGCCGCUCGUCUCGGCCUCGGCGCUGCGGACUGAUGGCCAGAUGAUCGUGCUGAAUAGUCCGCCCGCACCCCAGGGUUCCGCUGAUGGAGGGCCCUGCUAUCGAUGCGUAUUCCCCAAACCUCCACCCGCUGAUAGCGUUGUUAGCUGCGGCGAAGGAGGCAUUCUAGGCCCGGUAGUAGGCGUCAUGGGAGUGUUACAGGCUCUCGAGACAAUCAAGUUGAUCGCAGCGGGCAUCGGGGAAGAAAACGACAAGGUUCCCAGAGAGCCCCUUACACCAAGCUUACUUUUAUUCUCAGCUACUUCGUCUACGCCAUUCCGGUCGAUAAGGAUGCGUAGCCGACGAUCGAAUUGUUUCGCCUGCGCGGCGUCGUCGACACUAACGUUGAAGUAUUUAAAGGCUGGGUCAUUAGACUAUGUCCAGUUCUGCGGCGUCACUUCCCCAGUCACCGUCUUACAGCCCUCGGAGAGAAUCAGUGCGACGCAAUACAAAUCGAUCGUAGCAAGUAGUGCAGAAGAGAGAAGUCUGCUACUGGAUGUUCGAGAGAAAGAACAUUUCGCCAUUGCUAACAUUCCAGGGGCUAUUAAUAUCCCCUUCUCGACUUUCCAAUCGAAAAGUAGGGCAACGACAAAUGGAGACGAGCCUCGUCUAGAAUGGCUACCGGAAGAUAUAGCAUCUAAUGCGCCGAUUUACGUUGUUUGUCGAGUCGGGAAUGACUCACAGCUGGUUACGAGGAAGCUCAAGGAUAUGGGUCUGGACAGGAGUGGGGAGCGGUUUAUAGGGGAUAUACAAGGCGGAAUGAAGGCUUGGAGAAAUGAAGUAGACCCAACAAUGCCCUUCACAUAGUGAUGCCAUUGACCAAAUAAAAGACGAUUAUACCAACAAGUACGUAUAGUGGUUGGAGACGAGGGCUGUUUGAAUGAAAGACUAGACUCUUCGGGUGAUUGUGCCUUUAAUUGAUACAACUUCAAGGAGAGGCUCCGCCGAACGCCGUUCCAAAUCGAAUCAUACGUACAAACAUACCAAAACCUGCUGGUACAGUUUGAAUGGACACGUCCCAAUUGUCCUACC